UUUGACACAACAUUAGUGGCUUGUUAGACUUCAAGAGCGAAAGACACGCAGAACCUCUCGACCGUUAAUAUUAAACUGUGUUUACGACCUUUAAAGAUAUCCGUGAAAUCAAGAUUAAGUGGAACGAUGGCCAUCAUAAGAAUACUUGUGUUAAUUUCUUUAGUAAAAAUAAUAAAUGCGUCGAGGUCAACAGCACCUAUUAUAAAAACGGUACACCGUGGUGGAACGCAUUUCGAGGGUCCCCAUUGGUCGCAAGAGGAAAAUGCACUCUACUGGGUGGAUAUCAUGGAACAGAAGGUGCAUAGAAUGGAUGCACAGACAGGAAACGUUACAACCAAACAAAUAGGUUACGGACCCGUAUCUUUGGUAGUUACUGUACAAGACAAUCCGGGCACAGUGCUGGUCUCUGUUCGUACAGAACUAUACCUUAUGUCAUGGAAUGGACCUGCCAAUGACAGUGCUUUGAGACUUCUCAGUAUCGUUGACUUGGGCUUGCCUGAUAACAGAUGCAAUGAUGGAAAGGUUGAUACUAAAGGACGACUUUGGUUCGGUACAAUGGGCAAAGAAGUAGGUACCACGGUAGACAAAGACCAAGGCACUCUAUACAUGGUAGACCAGCACAAUGUUCUGGAUCCGGCAGUGUGGGUGAGACCUGUGACUGUGUCUAACGGCAUCGCUUGGACACAGGACAACAAGUUCAUGUUCUACAUUGACACACCAACCAGAAAUAUUGAUGUUUUCAAUUUUAAUCUAGAAGAAGGGACUAUACGUAACAGGAGAACUAUAUUCAGCUUUGAAGCAAAUAAUGUUACUGGACUACCAGACGGCAUGACAAUUGACAGAGAUGGCAAUUUGUGGGUGGCAUGUUAUAAUGGUGGAAAGGUUAUAAAAAUCGAUCCUAGAGCGGGAAAACUACUAGAGCAACAUAAAUUACCAGCAAGCAAGGUGACAUCAGUAGUAUGGGGCGGACAUGAUUUAGAGACAUUGUAUGUAACUACAAGUAACUUUGGUCUGAAUGCUGCAGAACACAUACAACAGCCUAAUGCUGGCUCCUUAUUUGCUAUACAAGGCACAGGUGCAAGAGGACUACCAGAAAAUCAAUUUAUAUAUCCAGGCGCAGCUGAAUACUGACACUUUGUACUUGAAUGCAAAAUUGCUGACAUUAUAUUUUGACACAUUAAUGCAAAAUCAACUUGCAAAAAUUUGUAUACUGUUAUUAAGUCACAUAGUUGUAAAUUAA